AUGGGUCUACAAAGGACUCCUCCCACACGCUCACAGCCCCUUCCAUCCGUAUCACCCGUUCCUCCUCCUGUCCAAUCAACAGAAGAUGUCGACGCCCCCAUUCAGCCCCAGGGACACGAUGAGGCAGAUAAGACCACCAUCUCAAACAUCUCGGACUCGAAAGCUUUCGCACCUCGACAUCCAGGCGUGAUGCGUACUCCACCACAUUCAUCUGGCUCUGCUGAGCACGAAGAUCAGAUAAAUAGGUUCGAACAUGUUGAUGAAAGACCCAUCCGACCUGCACCUUUUCCACCUCGCGAAGAGACAUCUCUUAGACCUAUGGAGUUGGACGUACCUCAGAUACAGCUAGAGGCAGAUAAGACGAUCGUAAUCGAGGAGGAUUCACAAGCUGAGUCAUCAAUCGAACAGCAGAUGGUCAUCGAUACGGAACAAAGUCCCGCAAAACAGAUAUCAAUGCCAGUCGAUCGAAAUCAGAUACAUUCUGGGUCAGCUCCUAUGGAGAUUGACAUUCCCGUACAACAGGCAGAUCCAGAAAGAUCUACCACACCCACAUACAACCCACAACAACCUUCAGCUCAAGCUGGACCAUCCACAAUUCAUGCUCCGCCGCCAACCACGCCCUCUUCACAGAGUACGAUUCCCAAAACACCGAGAUCAAGAAGGAAGACAAUGGAACCUUUACCUUCACCUCCUCGAAUACCAUCUGUACAUCAGGAAGAAGAAUAUCAAUUUGGAAGGAGAUAUCAACUGACGAUGGAAACGCUCGAAAGAGCUGUCAAGGCUGGUGCACAAAGGUGGACGACCGAACACUUGAAAGGAUGUUUCCCCCAACUUACCAAAGACCUAGGGAAACCAAUGGAAGAUAUCUGUACGUCUGCCAGUCAAAGUAUGCGUCAAAAUAUUCUUGCAAGUGCAGCGGAACACAUGAAACACUACAAAGUCGGACCUGCCUUACAAGCUAUUGACGAAGUUGAUAAAGAAGCUAAAGAUUAUAGGAGGUUCAAUCCGCCCGAAUCGGAUAUAGGGAAAUUGGGUAGACCAGAUGCUUGGAGACCCGACGUGACACCUAAUGCAUUGACGAUAUCAUCCGUACUACCAGUAUACGACAACUCAUAUUCCAAGCUCAGAGAAGAAUAUCUCGAGCUACAUAAAUACUGCUCGGACAAGUACAAAACAUUGAUAGAGAAGCAAAAUCAAUUAAACGAGUUGGAAAAUGGAGUUUCAGAUGGUGUAAUCGAAUUAGAAAAGACAAUUGAGAUUUUGUAUAAUCUACCAAUGGAAGAUAUGAUGAUUUGGACGGAAUCUGCUGAAAGUAAAUUAGAUACUAGGGCACCUGAACAGAUUCAGUAA